AAGUAAGGGACGAGACAUACACUAACACAGAAACUUGAAACCCUAAAGUGAGAAAACUGAUAGAGAGAGAAAGAGAGGCAACCAUGAGACGUUCUCUGUUGAGAAAUGUUUCUCUCUACACUCGCAAUCUUCUCCAUCACAACUCUUCUCCCACCAACUCGGCUCCGAUUCAAUUCGCCGUUUCAACUCGCUCUCGAUUCAGACUCUUCUCCUCCGAUGAUAAACCCGAUCCACUUCCAACCACCAAAGACCCCGUCCCUCUUGACAUCGAAGACGUCGACAACAAAGAGCUGAAAUUGCGGAUUGAUAAAUACUUGAAAGGCGACGAGCAAGUGCUGCCGUCGAUCAUGGAGGCAAUUUUGAAGAGGAAGUUAUCGGGGAACCACGAAGAUACCGAUGACGAGUUGAUGGAUGAACUCGCAAUGCAACCUAUCGAUGAUGUGGAUGAUAGAGAUUUUGAAUCGGAUUUCGAGGACAUGCACGAAACCGAUGAAGAGAUUGAUGAUUUGUAUAAUGCUAGGGACAUUGUGAUGAAGAGAAUGGCAAAAGAUGAGUAUUUCAAUAUGGAUGAUAAGAAGUGGGAUGACAUUGUUGAAGAUGGUGUUAAACAUGGUUUUAUUAGGGAUACAAAGGAGUGUGAGGAGAUUCUUGAGGAUAUGCUUAACUGGGACAAACUCCUCCCAGACGACAUAAAACAGAAAGUGGAAACAAAAUUUAACGAGCUAGGGGAUAUUUGUGAAAGAGGGGAACUUGAUCCUGAAGCUGCUUAUGAACAGUUUAAGAAGUUUGAGGAUGAAAUUGUGAAUGAAUAUUUGAAAACAAUGGAAAAAGAAGAUGCACUACAGCCUGUUGAUACUUCUGUGCCAGACAAGAAAAAGGAUUCCGAUGAUCCGCCUGGUGAAGGCCCAAUUCUCCGGUGGCAAACUCGGGUAGUAUUUGCUCCUGGUGGAGAUGCUUGGCAUCCCAAAAACAGGAAAGUGAAACUAUCUGUAACUGUGAAGGAGCUUGGACUUUCAAAAUACCAAUUUCGACGUCUCAGAGAAUUGGUUGGAAAACGUUAUCAUCCAGGGAGAGAUGAGCUUACAAUUACUAGUGAGAGGUUUGAACAUCGUGAAGAAAACAGAAAGGACUGCUUGAGGACUCUUCUCUCACUCAUUGAGGAAGCCGGGAAAGCUAAUAAACUAGUAGACGAUGCCCGAACGUCAUAUGUGAAAGGGAGACUCCGAGGCAACCCAGCUUUCAUGGAAAGGCUGCGUGCUAAGUCCAUUAGAUUGCGAGAAUCCAAUCAAGUUCCUGCUUGAGGUUUUAAGGUUUGACGGAGGAAUUUUGGAACAUUUCACCUGCCUACAUUCGUUAUUGCUCCCAGAUUUGUAUUUUCUUUUAUGAUUUUUAUCUUUAUCUUUUUUAGUUUAGUUUUUAAAAAAUAUUUAGCUGCAACAUGGGUUUCUAGUUGCAGAAACAACUCUCCAUACUGGGGUAAGGCCAUGGAUUUUUUAUCCUCGCCCCCAAAAUGAUAGGAGAUUUGCAAAGGGCCAAUCUUUAGUCAUAUCUUUCAUAUUUAGUGCUUGGCGUUGCUGAAGGUUUUUUUUUUCCUUUCACUUUUGCCCAGUUGUUUAUGCUGGCUGACUUUUAGACGAUUUUUGGAGUGUUACUUGUCUUUUUCACCAAUAAUAUCAUUUAAUGUACAUAAGUGAUGUUAACUGCAAUGCUGAUUACUGGCAGUUAGAAGAUUGUUAAUCCUUGAGCAUUUUCUUGGUUAGUUGAUCUGUUAUUUUUU